CUGCGGGUAGCAGAGGAACUGUGAGAAAGAGAUAAUCGCACUUGCUCACCUCACCAAGAGUUACCUGUGACACCCUCGCAAUGACAAGAGGGCCCAGCGAAAGGGGGCCGCAUAAAGGGAAUUUGGAUGAUACACUAGCCGUCAAUUUGUAAAAAGUUUUUCCCGAACGUCUACUGUUUUUUUAAAUGCUUUUCGUCAUUUUGGAGUUCCUUUGGAGUUACCUGGGCUGUGAUCGAUCGGAGAAUAAGCGAACCGAGUUAUUCAUCAGCUCUUCGGAUCGUUGCAUGAAACUGAGUGCGGGGCCGCAAUGAGUCGGAGAACAAGACGCUGGAUUUUAAGAGUUUUACUUUGUCUGGGAAUUGUUUAUUUAAAAAUUGGUGGCUUCUCGUCGGUGGUGGCCCUAGGUGCGAGCAUAAUCUGUAACAAGAUCCCCGGUUUGGCCCCCAGACAACGGAUUAUCUGCCAGAGUCGCCCCGAUGCCAUUAUCGUCAUCGGAGAGGGAGCCCAAAUGGGCAUCAACGAGUGUCAGUUUCAGUUCAAAAACGGGCGCUGGAACUGCUCUGCGCUUGGAGAGAGGACAGUCUUCGGAAAAGAGUUGAAAGUGGGCAGUAAAGAGGCUGCGUUCACCUACGCCAUCAUUGCAGCAGGGGUGGCCCACGCCAUUACAGCCGCCUGUACACAGGGUAACCUGAGUGACUGUAGCUGUGAUAAGGAGAAGCAGGGUUUCUACAGUAAAGACCAGGGCUGGAAGUGGGGAGGCUGCUCGGCAGACAUCAGCUACGGCCUGGGCUUCUCCAAAGUAUUUAUCGAUGCUCGGGAAGUCAAACAGAAUGCAAGGACACUAAUGAACCUCCAUAAUAAUGAGGUCGGACGUAAGGUCCUGGAGAAGAGCAUGCGACUGGAAUGCAAGUGUCAUGGUGUCUCAGGCUCCUGCACCACCAAAACCUGCUGGACUACACUUCCCAAGUUCCGCGAGCUCGGCUACAUUCUCAAGGAGAAAUAUGCCCAUGCUGUGCACGUGGAGCCAAUCAAAGCCAGCCGCAACAAGCGCCCUAAAUUCCUCAAGAUCAAGAAGCCUUACUCUUACCGGAAGCCCAUGGAUACAGACCUGGUGUACAUAGACAAGUCGCCUAACUACUGUGAGGCGGACCUUGUGACGGGGAGCUUGGGGACACAGGGCAGGGUGUGUAACAAGACUAUGAUGCAGCACAUCAGCGGCUGUGACUUGAUGUGCUGCGGCCGGGGAUACAACACACACCAGUACUCCCGCGUCUGGCAGUGCAACUGCAAGUUCCUGUGGUGCUGCUAUGUUAAAUGCAACACCUGCAGUGAGAGGACAGAGGUGUACACAUGCAAAUGAGAAUAUUUAUUGGGUGGUGUGUGUGUGUGUGUGUGUGUGUGUGUGUGUGUGUGUGUGUGUGUGUGUGUGUGUGUGUGUGUGUGUGUGUGUGUGUGUGUGUGUGAUGAUGUAUGUGAGUGUGUGGAUUCGUGUGUUUUCAUGGACAAACUGGAACGGUUAAACUUUACAAGGAGGCUGUUAUUGCAGUCUUUUCAUACAUAAUGAGGAACUACUGUACUGUGUAUACAGUAAGAUGAAGAUGGGGAGUCAUGAUUCUUUUGCACACAAAGCUCUUCACCCCUCUUCUUGGACUGUUGUGUUCGUUGUACCCUGGCAUGUGGGAGCAGGUGCCCACAGUGUGAGCCAGUGAAGCAAAAUUUCAAGACUUCUAAGCUAUAUGGACAUUUAGCAAAUGGACUUUGCCAAUGCAAAUGCAUUAUGGUGGAUAUGAUUGCUGGGCAGGACACACUGCUGUAGUUCUCACUCUGUGCGCAGAUGAAAUGACACAGCCAUUUGGAAUAUUUAACAUACUGUAUUUAGAGAAUGAAAACAAUUAAUAUUAAUUUAUUCUAUAAAGAAAAAAACUACUGAUUUUGUCCAUUAUGGAUCAAAAAUAACUAAAUGUUGGGUUUUAGUUUAUUAAGGCAAUCAAAACUUGUCACACACUUGUUAAAACACUGGAUUUGAAUCUGCCUGGAAUAAUGUGUUUUAGAAUAAUGUUUUUCCAGAUGAAACUGGAUGUAGGCUACUCACAUUGACCUUCUGACCCUCACAUGAGUUUGUCUUCCCUCUGUUUGCUGCUAGUCUAGAGAAUCCCACUUGUUGAGGUCGAAGGCUGUGCGCUCUACUGACUGUCUUCAAUGGCAUUGCUUACUUCAAGCCGAUUUAGCUUAACAGGACUUAUUCACUGAUCAAAAACACAGGCACAUUUUCCACUUUUGGUAAAUAUUGGUUCAUAGAGUAUAUUUUGUAAAAGCCUAUUUUUAUAUGAAUGUCUUAUUUAUAUAUUUUGCAUAUUCAAUGUCAAGUUCUGACUCUGACACCUGUGUUAAAAUCCCCGUGAAAAAAGCUGAUAUAUGUAAGUUGGCCCCUGCUGUUUGUCACUGCCAUAGUUGCAUAUUGUAAGUGAUAGAAACUGUUUUUAUGUGUCUGUGUUUACUGCGUUUCAUGACUACUAUUGAUGAAAUACAGGAACAGAAUAACACUAAAAAGAAAUGAUUUCCAUUA